UUUCAGCAAACAAACAUAUACAUAUCAUUUUCUUCGCCAGAGACAAAGUUCACUUGUAAAAUCCAUAAAACUUCAAAUAACUAAAUAAAAAAUAAUGUAUCAUCGCUUGGUUUGCUUAGUUUCUUUGAUUAUUCUAUUGUUCACUGGAUCAUCAACCACAGCUUUCGCUCGGAUACCAUACCAAUCAUCCAUGACAAAACAUGGAGAGAGGGUUUGGGAUCAAAAGAUGAUUGGAGAUAUCAAGAUUGACGUAGGAAGCAGUAAUUCAAGGCAAGCACGUCAAAAAGAUAGCCCAAGUCCGCCAGGCGCCAACAUGUAGCUUUCUUGGACAACUGAAAGUUGGAUGUGUAGUUCCAUAGAAUCUAUAUUGGCUAAACGAAAAUGUAUCAGAUUUACGCAUUGUUUACCUAGGAAGUAUAAAAGUAUGACGUUUAAGUUGUUAACAUAGUGGUCACAAUUUAUGUUUUUGUUAUAUAAAAAAAGCAUGUGUAACGAAAGUUAUUUUCUUUGUAUAAACAAAAUCAAGAUUUAUUAUAAAACAAACAUGUGGUAUC